AUGUCUAACAAUCAAACAAAUUUGGAAGACACACAUAGGGAGGUUGAUCCAAAGUUUAUGAUGGAGGCGUUGAUGAGUGAGAUGAAGAGAUUCGUGAGGGAAGAGAUGGAGCAGAUUCAUGAGCGGAUGGAUCAAAUGGAGAAUUCACGGCAAGAGAUUCCCCAAACCAUUCCUAACAUGCAAAGGAGAGGACAAGCUCCACCUAGAGAGGCUAGGGCAGAAGAGGAUGAGUAUUACAGUGAUGACUUCGAUGACCAACAUUCCGUUGCUGUAAAUCGAAGGUUUGGAGCAAGGGUUCGUGAUGCUCGAAACCGCGAGGAUAACAAUUUGGGAAACAUAAAGGUGAAUAUACCAUCGUUUCACGGCAGAAACGAUCCUGAAGCUUACAUUGAGUGGGAGCGAAAGAUGGAGCUGUUGUUUGAUUGUCACAAUUACUCGGAACACAAGAAGGUGAAGUUGGCAGCGAUUGAAUUCUCCGAUUAUGCCAUCAUUUGGUGGGAUCAAUUGGUGCUGAAUAGGAGGAGAAAUAGGGAGAAUCCAGUGGCAACCUGGGACGAGAUGAAAUCCCUAAUGAGAAAGCGGUUCGUGCCAAGCUACUACUUCCGGGAGUUGUAUCAAAAGCUACAGAAUUUGAAGCAAGGAAAUCGGAGUGUUGAAGAGUACUUUAAGGAGAUGGAAAUUUCAAUGAUCCGAGUAAAUAUUGAGGAGGAUCGGGAGGCUACUAUGGCAAGGUUCUUGGCAGGGCUGAAUAGAGAGAUUGCUAACGUCGUGGAGUUGCAACAUUAUGUUGAGAUGGAGGACAUGGUACACAUGGCCAUCAAGAUUGAGAAUCAGCUCAAGCGGCGGGGUAACAAUCCACGACCAGCCCCUAGUUCGAGUUCAUCUUGGAGGCAUAAUGGUGUUAGCAAAGAUGAGAAGCCAGCUAUGAUUAAACCCAAAUUCGAGCCAAAGCAAAACACUACCAGCCAUGCAGCCCAAGGUAAAAUCGAUUCUAAUACAACUCGGAAUCGUGAUAUAGAGUGUUUUAAAUGCCAUGGCAGGGGUCACAAAGCAAACCAAUGUCCAAACAAGAGAGUUAUGCUGCUGCGUGAUGAUGGUGGGUUUGAGACUGAAGAAGAGGAGGAUUCCACACCACCACAAGAGGAUGAUGGAGAAGAAGAAUAUGCAGCACAUGGUGAACUUUUGGUUGCAAGGAGAGCUCUAAACGUGCAAGCAAAGGGAGAUGAAGAAGCACAGCGAGAAAACAUCUUCUACACUAGAUGUCAUGUUCGAGACAACGUGUGUAGUAUGAUCAUUGAUGGAGGGAGUUGCACCAAUGUUGCUAGCACUACGAUGGUGGAGAAGUUAGGGCUGCCUACAACCAAACAUCCACAACCAUAUAAGCUGCAAUGGCUUAAUGAUAGUGGAGAAUUGAGGGUGAACAAGCAAGUGUUAGUAUCAUUUCGCAUUGGGAGGUACGAAGAUGAGGUACUGUGUGAUGUUGUUCCGAUGCAAGCUGGACACUUGUUACUUGGCCGACCGUGGCAAUCUGAUCGACGGGCCAAGCAUGAUGGUUUCACCAACAAGUACUCAUUUGCGUUCAACCAAAGAACAAUCACUCUAGUUCCUUUAACGCCACAGCAGGUCCAUGAGGAUCAAGUGAGGUUACAAAAAGAGAGUGAUCAAAAGAAAAUGAGUGAGAGUGCAAAAGAAAGAGAGAGUCAGGCUGAGAAAAACAAGAGAGAAAAUAAAAAAGAGAGUUUGGCCAAUGAGAGAAAAGAAGAGGGAAAAACAAGUUUAUAUGCGAGGGCGAGUGAUGUGAAGUGA